AUGAGUGCACCGACAAUUGUGCACCUUUCCCCAUCGGACGCGGUGGACGAAGGCUCCGACUCUGCCUCACUGUCAAGCGACUCGAACGAUGAAGAAGAGACCUUCUCGGACUGGGUCGACGACGCGCGGCCGUGUCAGUCGCUGUUUGACGCUAAAAAGGAGCUGCCAAACGCGGAGCAGGCAUUUGAGUGGGACAAAAAGCAGUUUGGUGUGGAUAUUCGCGAGGUUUCACGGAGGCUUGGGCUGGAGGCAGAUGUGUAUGGCUGGAUCAGGCUGGUGAAUUGGAUUAGGCGGGAGAAACCGACUCCAGAAAGUGUGCUUGCGCUGCAGGACGCGAAAGGCUUUGAGGGGGAGGAGUACUUGAAGCCGGUUGUGGAGGAUGACCCUGUCCUGCAGUUUCAAGGCGGGGGCGAGAACUGGUCUGACUCGGAGAGCGAAGGCCCUACGGCCUCUGCGGAGAAACGCGUCGCACAACUCGAAAAGAAACUUGCUGUAGCGAAGCAGGAGUUCGCAGACUAUCGAAGCCUCGUUGGCCGACAACUUGGCGGGGACUUCGCUGCUCUACGCGCAGCCUUCGAUGAACCGGGCCCGUCAAAGAAAGACUUGAAGGCGGCGACGGAUGACGACUCGCACUAUUUCGACAGCUACGGCGAAAACGACAUUCACGCAGUCAUGCUGCAAGACAAAGUCCGCACGUCGACGUAUGCGCAGUUCAUUCUAUCCAACUCUGCUCUCUUCUCUGGCGCUACAGUGCUUGACGUAGGCUGCGGGACGGGGAUACUCUCGCUCUUCGCGGCGAGAGCUGGCGCCAAACGAGUCUAUGCGGUGGACGCGAGCAAAGGUAUCGUUAGCCGAGCAAAGGAAAUCGUCAAGGUCAAUAAGCUGGACGAGAUAAUCACAGUGGUGGAGGGUAAAGUCGAGGAUGUCGUUCUUCCCGGCUUGGAGCAGGGAGAGAAAGUGGAUGUGAUCAUCAGCGAGUGGAUGGGCUAUGCAUUGCUGUACGAGUCAAUGCUCGACUCUGUGCUGGUGGCGAGGGAUAGGUUCUUGAAGCCUGGCGGGGUUAUGGCUCCCAGUCAAUGUCGGAUGAUGCUUGCGCUGUGUGACCCAGUGGAAGUCCGGAAAGAGCGGGUCGAGUUCUGGGACGAUGUCUACGGUUUCGACCUCAGCGUGAUGCAAGCGCCGGUCUACACCGACUCCGUGGUCGAUAUCAUUCCGCCAACCGCCCUCCUUUCCUCCGCAGCCUGCAUCAAGGACCUCCACUUAUCGACACUGUCUCCAUCUCAGCUCAACUUCGCGGCAGCAUUCACGCUGACUUCGACGGCCGAUAAACGACAGAAGGUGCACGCGUUUGUUUUAUACUUCGACACAUUUUUCCUUCCAUCGAGCGGUGCACUGGACAGUGCGGAGCAAGUCAAGAUCAUCAGAGAGGGUGACGCCAUCCUGGCAGACGUCUGGCCGCUUGGUGCAGGUGUUGGUCGGCCUGUUCCGCUGCGGAGGGCGAGCACCAAGAGCAGCACUCUAUCCCCUACGGUGGAGCGGUCUGUUCCGCCGGAAAUCACAAGUUUUAGCACUGGCCCGCAGAGCGUGCCCACACACUGGAAGCAGACACUCUUCCUGUUGAAAGAACCCGUCGGAGUCGUUGAGGGCACGAAGAUCAGUGGAACUUUCCACUGCACAAAAAGCGACGUCAACUCGCGCGAGCUGGACGUGGAAAUCCAUUAUCAUGUCGUGCCUCAGGAUGCGGAGGGAGGGAAAGUGGAGACUGUUGUGCAAAUGUAUAAGGUGCGGUAA